GGGCCGGGCAGCCUCUCGCUGCCGCUUCGGGAGCUGCCUCGGGUCCGGAGGUGCCUGGGGCCGCCGGCUGCGGGCCGCUUGGCGCUGCGGGCCUCGGAGGCCGCUUUCCUCAUGGAACAAAAGCGCAGCCGCACACCGCAGCUGGCUGGGAGCUGCACGCCGAGCGGCGCCGCACGGGGAUGAGGAUGCAGCCGAAGUGUUCGGCGUCGUUGUUUCCCUCGUUCUCUCGUGCGAUGGAGUUCAGGACAAGAAGAAGAAAUAUGAACCUCCGGUUCCAACCAGAGUGGGGAAGAAGAAGAAGAAGACGAAGGGACCAGAUGCUGCCAGCAAGCUGCCCCUGGUGACUCCUCACACACAGUGCAGACUCAAACUGUUGAAAUUAGAGAGGAUUAAAGAUUAUCUGCUAAUGGAGGAAGAAUUUAUCAGAAAUCAAGAGCAAAUGAAACCUUUGGAAGAAAAACAAGAGGAAGAAAGAUCAAAGGUGGACGAUCUGAGGGGGACGCCAAUGUCCGUGGGUACCUUGGAGGAGAUCAUUGAUGACAACCACGCCAUCGUGUCCACGUCAGUGGGAUCAGAACACUAUGUCAGUAUUCUGUCUUUUGUGGACAAAGAUCUGCUAGAGCCAGGCUGCUCUGUUUUGCUAAAUCAUAAGGUUCACGCUGUGAUCGGAGUCCUGAUGGAUGACACUGAUCCUUUGGUUACUGUGAUGAAAGUUGAGAAAGCUCCUCAAGAAACAUAUGCUGACAUUGGUGGUCUUGACAACCAGAUUCAGGAAAUCAAGGAGUCUGUGGAGCUUCCCCUCACCCAUCCUGAGUACUAUGAGGAGAUGGGUAUAAAGCCGCCCAAAGGAGUCAUUCUGUACGGCCCCCCUGGCACAGGUAAAACUUUACUGGCCAAAGCAGUAGCAAACCAAACAUCAGCAACCUUCCUGAGAGUUGUUGGUUCAGAACUCAUCCAGAAGUACUUGGGCGACGGCCCAAAGCUGGUGCGCGAACUGUUCCGUGUGGCUGAAGAGCACGCGCCGUCCAUUGUCUUCAUUGAUGAGAUCGAUGCCAUUGGUACAAAGAGGUACGACUCAAAUUCCGGGGGCGAGAGGGAGAUCCAGCGUACAAUGCUGGAGCUGCUGAACCAGCUGGAUGGGUUCGACUCUCGUGGAGACGUCAAAGUCAUCAUGGCCACAAACAGAAUAGAAACGCUGGAUCCAGCUUUAAUUAGGCCAGGACGUAUUGAUAGGAAAAUAGAGUUCCCUCUGCCUGAUGAAAAGACCAAGAAACGAAUCUUUCAGAUUCACACCAGCAGGAUGACACUGGCAGAUGAUGUGACUUUGGAUGAGCUGAUUAUGGCAAAAGAUGACCUCAGUGGAGCAGAUAUUAAGGCAAUUUGUACAGAAGCUGGGUUGAUGGCUUUGAGGGAACGUCGAAUGAAAGUAACAAAUGAAGACUUCAAAAAGUCUAAAGAGAACGUUCUCUAUAAGAAGCAGGAGGGAACCCCAGAGGGGCUGUAUCUUUAGGUCUUGUCUGUUCAGGGACUGUCAGGAACUCUGGUUGGGAUGACAGUCUCAUGUAAAACCACACUGUCCAGCUAAUGCUCAUUCUUGAAGAGGUUACAGAGCCUGGUGGCUUGUUUCCCAAUAAAAUGUUUAUUUGAAUUGAA